AUGGACGUUCUCACCAGACCAGCUGAAGAAUUUGGUAACGAUGAAACACUUGAACACUUAUGGGCCGCUAGAGCCAUGGAGCACAGCGAUAUUUACUUUAAUGUACUCUGUUCUGUAGAUACGAGAUGGCUCCGGCUAACUCCACACGAUGACCUGAUAUAUACUCACUUUAGACAAGAUUUUCCCGAUUUAAAUAUUUCAUAUAUAAAAGAAGAAGAAAUAAAGAAUAAUGUUAAUAAAGCGAAAUGGCGCAUGUUUUGCGAAAAAUUUAAAAACAUUGUUGAAGAUUACAGUUUUGGAACUUUAUUGCGUGCAGACACUAAAGGUGAUUAUUCAGAACAAAAUACAAUACUAGUACCUAGAGUUCAGUUCUAUGCUAUAGAAAUUGCAAGAAAUCGUGAAGGAUUAAAUAAUGAAGUCAAAAAACAUUAUAAAUGUGCAUCCAAAGCUAAUAUGGAGGCUCAACGUAAUGCAAGAGAGGUUACUGCA